AUGACUGCCAACUUCAUCGUAGGCUUUGCGGCAGCGGCUGUGGUCCUGCAGGUUAUUCGCCUGGUGCUGGCCUCAUGGCAGCACUCGCGCAAAGCCAAAAGCUUGGGCUGUGGAAGUCUGCCCAGCUUUCCCAGCAAGGAUCCUCUAGGCAUCGAUAAUUUGAAACAAACGCUCGCGGCAGACAAGGAAGGCUUGGUACCGUCGUUGACAGAGAAGCGCGUCCAAAUCAUCAGUGAGCGGGAGAACCGCUACGUCAGUACCUACAGCAUUCGCAACCUCGGUCGCAACCACAUCUUUACUAUCGACCCCAAGAAUAUCCAGGCCCUCCUGGCCACUCAAUUCAAGGAUUUCGAGCUUGGCCAGGUUCGCCAUGCGAGUAUGCAUCCCUUGUUAGGAACUGGUAUUUUCACGGCCGAUGGCGAGGAAUGGUCGCGAUCUCGUGGAUUGCUGCGUCCGCAGUUCACUAGAGAUCAGAUCAGUCAGCUGGAUUUGGAGGAAGAGCACGUAAAGAAGGCGAUGCAGGCCCUGCCCGUUGCAGCUAAUGGUUGGACCGCAGCGACGGAUAUCCAGUCGAUCUUCUUCCGUUUGACAAUUGAUUCGGCCACCGAGUUCUUGUUCGGCGAGAGUGUCGAAAGCCAAUUGGGAGCGAUCAACGGCCUCCAGCGCCCCGAGGAUUCCUUCGCCGCAUACUUCGACAAGUCCCAGUGGGUCUGCGCCCAGCGAUCUCGUUUUGAGAAGCUCGCCUUCCUCGUGAACAACAAGGAGACUCGUCACUCGGACAAGCAGGUUCAUGACUUUGUCGACAAAUUCGUUCACAAGGCCCUGCAGUCCGUUGAAAAUGAGAAGCCCGCCGAUGAGGAAAAGGCCAACUACGUCUUCCUGAAUGCCCUUGUGGCUGCCACCCGCGAUCCCAUCGAGCUCCGCUCUCAGCUGCUGAACAUCCUGUUAGCCGGUCGUGACACCACUGCCUCGCUGCUCAGCUGGACUACCCUGAUGUUGGCCCGUAACCCCGAGGCAUUCCGCAAGCUGCGCGAGACCAUCAUCUCCGAAUUCGGCACCUACUCAUCUCCCCGCAACAUUACCUUCGCCUCGCUCAAGUCCUGCCAAGACCUGCAGUAUUGCAUGAACGAGUCUCUCCGCCUGUUCCCCGUCGUCCCUUUCAACCGUCGCGCUGCCCUUCGCGACACCACUAUCCCCCGCGGCGGUGGUCCGGAUGGCCAGUCCCCCGUUUACGUUAAGAAGGGCCAGUCCGUCAUCUACAGUACCCAUGUCAUGCACCGCCGCAAGGACUUUUGGGGUCCGGACGCCGACGAGUUCAAGCCCGAACGUUGGGCGAACCGUAAGGCUGGCUGGGAGUACAUUCCUUUCAACGGUGGCCCGCGCAUCUGCAUUGGCCAGCAGUUCGCUCUCACCGAAGCUGGUUAUGUUCUUGUUCGUCUGCUUCAGCGCUUCGAUGAAAUCGAGGAUAUCAACGCGCAUCAGCCGAUCCGCUGGGGUUUGACUUUGACUAGUUGUCCUAAGGAUCUGGUGACUGUGCGCAUGCACCAGGCUGAUGAUGCUUAG